UUUUAUCCUUUUCUGUUCCGCUUUUCUUAUCUUUGAAACAUUGGGGAAGAGAACUAAUCUAGCAAAGAUCAAGCAUCAAGCUAACUGCCUAUUGUAGGCCCAGUUGUUACAGAAGGUCUCGCCCCCACCAAAUGUGACUGAUGCUCUCCAUAUAGGACAUGCACUGACUGCUGUCAUCGAGGACACAAUUAUUCGUUGGCGGAGAAUGUCUGGAUACAAUACUUUGUGGAUCCUAGGGAUGGAUCAUGCUGGGAUAGCGACCCAGAAGGCACCAGUCGCGCUUGGGAAAAAAAUCUCAGCAUCAUAUUCUCCCAAGUCAGUGUUUACCAUGGAUGAGAAAAGGUCUAAGGCUGUUACAGAAGCAUUUGUUAGGCUGUCCGAUGAAGGUCUUAUAUACAGGGCUCCACGUAUGGUGCAUUGGGAUUGUGUCUUGCGUACAGCAAUCUCUGAUAUCGAGGUUGAAUAUGCAGACAUCAAGGAGAAGAUAUUUCUGAAUGUUCCUGGAUAUGAAGAGCCUGUGGAGUUCGGGGUGCUGACAUCAUUCAUGGGAAAUUUGCUAUUCAUCCAUUCAAUGGAAGAAAGCUUCCAAUAGUUUGUGAUGAAAUGCAAGUAGAUAUGAACUUCGGGACUGGUGCUGUUAAGAUAACUCCAGCCCAUGAUCCUAAUGAUUUUAAGCUUGGACAGCGUCACAAACUUGAAUUCAUUAGUAUUUUUACUGAUGAUGUGAAAAUAAAUAGGAAUGCAGGUGCAUACUUUGAAGGAAUGCCUCGUUUCAAAGCUCGUGUCGCUAUGACUGAAGCUUUAAAGUAAAAGGAACCUUGAUAACUUUUUUGUAAUGUCUUAUCUGGAAAUGAAAUGUUAACACACUUGCGUGCAUGUAUGUAUGGAAAUUUGUUCUUAUUUAUGACAA